UUCAUCCCACCAAGGGGUGGUAAAGUGUUGUUUUGUAUUCGUUCUGUUUUCCUCCCCACGGUUGUUGUUGGUAUGUGGGCUCGAAAAAUCAGCACCUUUGGUGGAGCGGCUAAAACGUUCGCCAAAGUCGUUCCGAACAAUUUAAAGGGUAAAAGCAAGAGCUCACAAGAAUGGCUAACCAGACAGCUGCGAGAUCCGUACGUGGAACGGGCUAAAAUGAUGAACUACAGGUGUCGAAGCGCAUUUAAGCUACUAGAAUUGGACCAAAAGUAUGGCCUUAUCAAACCGGGCUACACGGUGAUAGAUUGUGGAGCAGCACCCGGUUCCUGGACGCAGAUCGCAGUGAAGCAUUCAAAUGCCGACGGUGCUGUGCCGGGCAAACCGAAAGGCACGGUUGUUGGGGUGGAUCUUCUUCAGAUAUAUCCCAUAGAGCAUGCAAUUCUGUUCGGCAACAGUGACUUCCUGCGUAAGGAAACACAGGACAAAAUCCGUACCAGUCUCGGUGAUCGAAGAGUCAACUGUGUCCUGUCCGAUAUGGCACCGAACGCAACCGGCGUGCGGUCAUUGGAUCAGGAAAACAUAACGACCCUGUGCUAUUCUGUGCUACGCUUUGCGAUACUGAUGUCCACCCCGAACGCAUCCCUGCUGAUGAAGGUCUGGGACAAUGGGGAUGUGCCGAAGCUGGAGAAAAGCAUACUGGAGUACUACCAAACGGUGAAGCGUGUGAAGCCACGUGCGAGUCGUGAUGAUUCAGCGGAAAAUUUCAUCUUAGCACGUGGUUUUGUAGGCAUAGAAAGGUAAUUUGGUGCACAAAUCGAUUAGUUACUGCAAUGUUAAGCUGUGAGUGAUAGUGAAAAUAGAACUUGUUUUUGUAAUAAGAAAAUAAAUAUUAUGUUAACCAAUGUCA